AACCCAGCCUCCCCUCCACUCUGUCGCCUCUCUUCUUCGCGGUCGGAGCUCCACUUUCCCGCCACAUUUGUCAUAAAGUUUGUUGUGUUUUCAUCCGUCAACAUGGCGCAGGUCAACACGUGUCUCAAGCUCAUCUUCACCGUCUUCAACGUCUUCUUCGCGAUCGUCGGCGGUAUCAUCAUCGCCCUCGCUCUGCUGUCUCAGGUCAUCACGAAAGUUGAUGGAGGACCAGACCUGGAGGGUCGCACCGUCGGCCUCAUCGUCCUCUACACCAUCGGCGCCAUCACCAUGGUGAUCGCCAUCCUCGGAGCCUACGGCGCCCACCGGGAGAACAGAGUGUGUCUGAUCGUGUUCCUGGUGUGUAUGGUCAUCGGAAGUCUGAUGAUGCUCCGAGCUGGACUCCCCGCCGUCGCCGCCCAUUCUAGGCUGGAGAAUGUGUUGGAGCAGAAGUUCCGUAUGUUUCUGCCUCUGGACAAAGCUUCAGAUGAAGUGAAGAACAUGGCCGACGGCCUGCAGGCACAGCUGCACUGCUGUGGCCUGUUCAGCUACACGGACUGGGAGGACGAGAUCCCCGACUCCUGUGUGUGCAGCCCCGAGGAGGAGGAGGAGGCGGGGAAGUGUCAGCUGGUCGGCUACACGGGCUUAAUGCGGCAGAAGGGGUCCGUCUACAGCAAGACCUGCUUCCCCAUCAUCGUCUACUACGUCCGGCUGUUCUCCAACAUCCUGAUCGCUGUCGUCUUCACGCUGGCUGCUCUGGCGCUGAUCGGCAUGGCGCUGUCCUCCGCCAUCAUCCACCAGAUGCGUUACCCCACCCACCCCACCGUCCUGAUGUCGGUGCCCACCAUCUUCACCAUGCCUCCUCCCAAGUACCAGGAGCUGCACAACUCUCCCAGUCACCAGGACCUGCACGGCCCUCCCAAGUACCAGGAGCUGCACGACUCUCCCAGUCACCAGGAGCUGCACGGCCCUCCCAAGUACUAGAGGAGCCACUUCCUGUUCGGGGGGGGUCGGACGCCGUGUCCAAAGUGCCUUCAGUCACUGUGAGACGUCCUGCCCGCCGACGGGACACGGUGACAUCACUGAGCUUCCUCUUCUAAAGACGAGCAGCCACUUUAAUGUUCAUUCGGAAUUGGUAGCGAAUGAAUCUGAUUGGUCUGUGCAGUGGGGGCGGGGCUUAAUGGUCACUUUGCACUUCACGUUUAGUUUGUAUGCUGCAGUUUGCUGAAGAUCUUUGCACUUUUCUCUCGCUACAAAAAACAUUUGUUUGCUGUCACCUGUUACUUUACUUGUUAAAAUAAAAUGUGUAUAUAUAUCCUGUAGGUUUUGUUGUUGAAUGUCGAUGGGCCUCUUCUUUCUCUGUUAAACAUUUUAUCAUAAGACAACUCUUCAUAAUCCACAUUUCCCUUUAAAAAAACCAUGUCAAACUAUUAGUAAAGGCUUUUAUUUUGAAAACUGAGCACUGUGUUGACAAAGCUUCUGAGGCAAAAAUUAAACUGAUGUGCUGUGAGGUUCUUAUUUUUUAUAAUUAAAGUUUAUUAAAACAUUUUUAUGAAUAAUGAAAAGGGAAAUUAUUCUUUUUUUUAAAUCUUUGUGUGAUUUCCUGUUGAGCUGAUUAAACUGUUCUGAAGACUUCCAGAAAUAAAAGAGCGGAAAACUAA